AGCGUGGGGUUAAGCGGCUUCUCCCGCCCAGGAGGGAGAGUCGAGAAUGGGCGGCUGGGUGUGAGACACCGGCGCUGAGCUCCAGAGUUGCCUCCCACAGAGCCCAGCAAGAGAGGGUGAGAACAUGAAGUCCAAUCCUGCCAUCCAAGCCGCCAUCGACCUGACAGCGGGCGCGGUGGGGGGCACGGCUUGUGUCCUGACCGGGCAGCCUUUCGACACAGUGAAAGUGAAGAUGCAGACGUUCCCCGGCCUGUACAAGGGCCUCACCGACUGCUGCCUGAAAACGUACUCCCAAGUGGGCCUGCGGGGCUUCUACAAAGGAACCGGCCCUGCGCUGAUGGCCUACGUCGCCGAGAACUCUGUCCUCUUCAUGUGCUAUGGCUUCUGCCAAGAGCUGGUGAGGAAGGUGGUUGGACUGGACAAGCAGGCGAAGCUGAGUGAUCUGCAGACGGCCACUGCGGGUUCCUUCGCCUCGGCGUUUGCUGCGCUGGCCCUGUGCCCCACUGAGCUUGUGAAGUGCCGGCUACAGACCAUGUACGAAAUGGAGAUGUCAGGGAAAAUAGCAAAAAGCCAAGAUACAAUCUGGUCCGUCGUGAAGAGUAUCCUUAGAAAGGAAGGCCCCUUGGGCUUCUACCAAGGACUCUCGAGCACCCUCCUUCAAGAGGUACCAGGCUAUUUCUUCUUCUUCGGUGGCUAUGAACUGAGUAGAUCAUUUUUUGCCUCAGGGAGAUCAAAAGAUGAACUAGGCCCUGUCCCUUUGAUGUUAAGUGGUGGAAUUGCUGGAAUUUGUCUUUGGCUUGUCAUAUACCCGGUGGAUUGUAUCAAAUCCAGAAUUCAGGUUCUUUCCAUGUCUGGGAAACAGGCUGGGUUUCUGGCAACUCUUACAAGUAUUGUGAAAAAUGAAGGAAUAGCAGCCUUAUAUUCUGGACUGACAGCUACUAUGAUUCGAGCAGUCCCUGCCAAUGGGUCACUGUUUUUGGCUUAUGAAUAUAGCAGGAGAAUGAUGAUGAGCCAGUUUGAAGCAUACUGA